AUGGCGUCGGCGGUGAAGAGAACGGGUGGUGGCUCUCCGCUGUUGUUUGCACUGCCGCCGGGCUCCUCCGCCUCCGUUCGCUCCCUUGUUUCGCUUGACUGUAGAGAAGUUAGUCUUCUCGAUGGUCGGGAUUCAGAACCUGCAUCGAUUCGUAUCGCCCACGUGGACGGAGAAUUGGUGAAAAGCGACCCCGAUUCGAUUUGA